GACAAAUUACCUAUUUUAAAAGUGAAAUGGAUCAGUGCUUCGCUCGCGUCAAUUAUUUCCCAACAAUCUCCUUCAGUCGCCAGUAGCCGCACCGUCCGAGUGAUUAUGUCAGUCGGAGGUCAGUGACCCCGAGAUGAACGCUCGGAGCAUCGCGUUCGAGCUGUCCAUGGAGGGUCGGCAGGUGGACGAGGUGGUCGCCAGCAUCUUCCAUACCGUUCUGUUCCAUCGCUCCAGCGGCAAGUUCACCUACAACAACGAGGAGAGCUACUCUAUACGCACCGUCAGCUACGUAGACGUCGACUGCGACUUUAUAGACUUCACGUACGUGUGCUGCGAGUCCGAAGCGCUCGGGAGGAACGUCAAACGCGAAAUAUCCGACUUUUCUGACUUGCUUCGCGGCGCCGAAAACACAGCUACCCCUCGCGGUUCUAUCAGUUUAGAGUUCUUCCAAAAGCGACGCGCCCGCUGGCCGUUCCAACCCGAAUGCGUGCCCUGGGAGGUGUGGACGGUGUACUGCGAGCUGGCCGAGGCCCGCUCCGAGCACGACAUGCGCGCGCAGCACGAGGGCGUCGUCGAAAUGCUCCAAGACAAAAUAGUCUUCAUCACCGAGAUCAUCAAUCGACACGAAUACGUGCCGAAGAUGCCGAGUCGUUCCGACGCGGACCUAAUCUUCGAUACUUCGUACCCCGAUAUCCAACCUUAUCUGUUCAAGAUCCAUUAUAAUUUGUCUGGCGCGCCGCCGCUCACAGUGGGCAACACUGUCCGCAAACUGAUCCGAGAUACGCUUUCUUUGUGAUGUCUAUCUCUAUACUAUCUAUAACAUGUUUGCACAAAACAUCUCCUUGUGUAAAUUGCACCCAAAUGAUCCCCAAUUUAAAGGCCUGGGUAAUAUAAAGGCGGGUUUUAAACUGCCUCGAAACGCUUUCACUAGCGUAGCUAUAGACUCUGGGUGUAUCAAAAAGGGCCCCUAAAAUAUAAUCGGCAAUGCCCAAAUUCCCUAUUUUUUAGCUAUGUCUAAAUCGACGUGUGAUAUAAAAUAUUCGCUAUUCCGCUUUAUAUAAAUAUUAAAUUGUACAUCAAAAUUUUAAUCGGACAUUGUAAAUUGUAAAUAAUGAUGGACAAUUAUAAAUGUAAUUAAGUAAUUCAUGUUUUAUUCUAUGUAAUAAGGCAAGUGUAAUUUUUUUUUUUUAAAUAUUGACAUACAUAAUAAUCCUUGAUAUACGCAGCAAUAUUAACAAAUUAUAGAUUGUACUUAUGUAAAUGUUUUCGGUCGCACAGUUAUUAUUUGUCGUAAGUAGAGUUUGUUUGAAGCGUAGCGCCGUGUCGCACUUGUUUUAUUUAUUACCAACACGGCUCUACGAUUGUAAAUAGUUUUGUUUGUUUAUAAUUGAUAAUAACAAUACUUUUGCUAAUUUCUUCAAGCAAUUUUAAAUGCAGAAGUAAAUUAAAUAAAAAAUGGUGGAAUGAAGCAAAAGUAUUCGUUCUUACGCUUAUAUGAAAGCUAUGUCUUAAAUCUUAGUAAGUAAAUUUAGUUGUAAUUUUUUUAGAGCUAUGACUCAGAAGGCUGGUUGAUGUGUCCACUCAUUUAUAUGAUUUAUUUAAGGUUUUUCGCCUAUCGUUUACUUAUGAGCUCGCUUCGGAGGAUUCAUGUUCUGCACUGUAGAAGUUUCAAUAGCUAGUUGUCUAGUUAUUCAUGACGAAAGAAACAAUUUAUUGUUGCAAUUAAUAUAGUUUUAUGGGGUAGGUAUAUUUAUUAACCCGCGACACCAGUGUAAAUGCACGAUAAAAUAUUUAUUUAAGUAAGUAUGUAUAUCUAUUUGGUGGCAGUCUGUGUAUAGUGUUCGCUAUUGUAGGACGCUUAGAGAUAUCGCUGAGUGAUGUACUCGCUCAGUCUAAUUUAGUAAAGUCAUUUGACUAUUUCGUGUGUAUUUUUAUAUUAAAAUAGAAGCUUUUGUGAUAUAGCUAACGAAAACGAAAAUUUAUGAAUAAAAAAAAACAUAUUUCGGAAUUAUUUUAUUUGUGAAAAGUAAUUUAGAUUUAUACUUAUUGAGCCAUUGUCGAGAACUUUAAAUAUAUGUAUUCUUAGAAUUGUCAUUGCACAUUGUGUAUAAUAGUAUAACUACAGUUUUAAGACAAUGUACAGAUCAACUUAUUGUAGAUUUUCUCAUUGAAUUAUAUAAUAAAACCGAUUUAUAUUAAGGUAUGUUAGAGAUGUAGAUGUAAUUGUCUCACAGUGAUCGUCUAUUUGGGUGUGUGUAGUUUUAACGAUAGCUUAGAUAAAGGUGCAUGAAACGUCUCAUAGUCGUAAGAAUAGUAGAUGUAUUAGUUUGCAAUUUUGUGUUGUUAAGUUAAAAAGUUUUCCCUUUUAGUUUGUCGUCGUUAUUGUUCUCUUGAAUUUAAUCUAUAACUGAAAUGAAUGUGUUUUAGGCUCCACGUGUCAUGUGGAUCAAAUUCUAAAUUUAUGUCAGCGGGCCUAUUACAGUCGCCUUUAUCUCGUGAUAACGCUUACAAGAUAAAGCAUACGUACGUCACUUUCUGAAACUAUUUUUAUAGUUAAAACCAGAGGUAGUAAUAAAUAUAAUUUAAUAUUUGACUCUCAUUGAUUUAGUCCGUCAUUGAUCACUCGAUAAAGGCUACUAUAACACGUGUUUAGUACGGCUAUGAUGGCACGGCAAAAAUAUGUAAUUAUGAGCGGAGCACAUAAUUUUAAAUACAGUAGUAAAUGCGAUUUUUUCCGUGGAACACUCCGUGCAUCUCAACGUCGCAUAAAUUUUAAGUUGCAAUUUCAAACAAUUUCUAAGUAUGAGUGUUGUUCCACGGACAAUAGGCCCGCAGAAUAAUGUACAGUAAGCUGCAGAGAUAACUGACCGCCCCUGCAAACAAGUUUAUAUGCAGGGGUCGGUUAUCUCUGCAGCUUACUGUACACGACAUAAAACACCUAAACCUUGAUUUUGUCAAGCAAUGGUUUUUGUUUCCAUUACUUUGAGGUCAUUAGACGGGCAUUGCUGCGAGUCCAUCCACGAACUUCUGAUUUUUACUCCUACCUCAUUUUGUGACUAGCUUAGGCGUGUUUGCAUCUCUAUUGGAUUAUAGUACCUAUCUAUUUAUCUAUAUUUAUCACUAUAUAACUUUGUCACCAAAGAUGAGGCUGUACAUACCUUUGAAUCUUUUUAAACUUCUGUAGGUCGUUGGACGCUUUUUUAUUUUUACUGAACUGGGUGCGUAGCCAACAUGCCAAUCGUUUACGCUCCGUAGCGAACGAAACGCAACUCACUGUUGCACUAAUAUGUAAGAGUGAUAGAGAAAUGACUACGGUACGCUACGGAGCGUUAAAGAUUGGCAUGUUGGCUAAGCAGCCUGAUGUACUGAUUUGAGGGUGACAUACGUUACAUGGUAAUGGUACCUUGCUCAAUGAACUCGUUUAAGUGUUCUUUAUACAUUUACCAGUGGGAUGUCCGAUAGCUCGCUGGCGAGAACCUGCGACAUCAAAAUCGCUAUGAUAAUGUUAAAAAUAAACUGACGAAAUGAUUAUGUGUUCCGUUCUACGUUUGAGAUCUUGAUUGAGAGCGGAACGCCGCCGUUGUCCGAAAGAUGCCGCUGAUUUGAUUGGAUUAGAUUUCAAAGGAAUCAGCUCGAGCCAGUCACGAUGUAGCGUAUGUUAUCCUACUUGUAGCCCCUCACGGCAUUCGUUUCAUAUCAGGGAGUACCUUGUAACAUUUUAUUUACAAUAUUGGUGAUAAGACAAUAUAUUUUAUUCGAUUGCGUGCCUCAUUCAAAAGCCCGAAGUGUGGAGCACAUUGUAAAUAGUCAUUUGUGUCGUUCUUAAAGAAAAGCCGCCUCAUUGGAGCUAAAUACUUCAAAGUAAGCGCUCUAUUGUGUUAAGGCAUAUUAAAGAAUGUAAACAAAACAAUAUUCUGUAACAACCAUUUGUAUUUAUCACAUAAUUGGCCAAAUAACGUAGAUUUUAUUUUUGUUUGUUUAUAUUCUUUAAAUCUAUUAAUAAAGUAACAUCAUCGGACAUGAAUAAUUUCGUACAUUCACCUCCUUAUUACUUGCCUCUGUUACUCACGCGGAAAGUUGCGCGUGUGUGACGGCAAUAUAAUUUUGAGUGAGUAAUAGAGAUAUCAAAGGUCGAUGUACGAAGUUCUAUGUGCUGUAGUAUAGACUAUGCGGUCCCUUUUCGUUAAGAACGCCAGUUUUCUGCACAUUGUAACUUGCUAUGGCCUUAUUUGAAAGAUUAUAUAUGUCUGAAGAGAAGCUGAAUACAUGACGGCUGUUAUAUAUUAGAUUAUAUGCGAUGGCGACACGGGAGGUAUAUGUUGUGAUGUGCAAGUUCAAAAUAAGCUGAAAUCUUAGUCUUGUGAUAAUUUAUAUAUAAAUAUAUGAAUUAACAAUGAA